AUGCGUCGUUCGCGAUUUCAGUUGCAAGAGAGCGACUUCGACGAGCGAUCGCUGUCCCUCUGCGAGUCGACGGAUGCUUCGGAGCGAAUAUGUGGUGACUUCUUCAAUACGGUGAAGAAAGGUCCAGGGAAAGUCAUCGUCACCGCCAUUGAACCGCCCCCGGAAUUCCAGGAUAAUCCUGUCCCAACGAACUUAGAAUGCACAACUACUACGUUUGUUGGGACCCCAAUCAAAUUGGCUGUGUGCGUGCCUCCAUCUGUUAUUUGUACUAAUGAUUCUAUUAUAAAACCAAAAACUUCGAGCUUAAAUAUACCAGUGCCUGCAGGUCAUAUCUCCCCGAUCUACCCACGGAAAUUUAAGGCGGAAACACUGUAUGACAGACGUCAAUGUCUUAACCAUCGGUUUGCUAGCCCCAGAUUGCUACACCUCAGUCCUUGCCGUGGCACGAGGCCUUCUUCCAGAAAUUCCCUUUCGUCUCGACUAUCGAGCAGUCAUAAUUCUCUAAUUACACAGUUUCAAACUGACGACUCAAGUUUUAUAACACAAGCUAUUUCCCAUGACACCUUAUCUGCUAAAACGUCUGAUAUUACUGACAUGUACAAUGUUCCCUUCGACAGCGAUAUAUAUGCGGUACCUAUUGAUAUGAUUCGACCCAAUCACGGCAAUAUCAGGGCCAGAAGCAAAAGACCACAGAGAACCAAUAAAAGGCGUAGUAAGACCACAGCGCUGGUUCUCAACACCAAUAAUACGAUAACGGAGAGGAAUUAUAAGCCAAAAGAUACCAAAUGCAAGGACACGAAAACAAAAAGACACUCUCUGCCGGGUUCCUCAUGCAGAAAAAAGAUUCUGGCUGAAUCAGAUACUGACUCGUUACAUUUAACACUACGUGAAAUGAGAAAAUAUUUGCAUACGCUGUACUCGAGUUCCAGCGAUUCGGAAUGCCGGAACACAAUAAAUAAAAAGAACGGGUCGCUACUAACUACGGCCGUAGUCCAUUCAAGGCAAGGACUAAAAGAGUCGAGCACAGCAGUUUUCUUAAAAGAGAGCAAUGAACCAAAAACAGCUGAGACGAACAACAACCAUAAAAAAACGAACAAGAACACCGCGGACAUGAACGUGAAGAGCAAAAAGCAUAAAGAAAUUAAUCAGAAGGAAUGUAGCAUCAUGGAGUUGGAUACGAAAAAGAAAGGGAAUCAGGGUACGAAGGUGAAAAUGUCACCUGUUAGGAUACUUUCGAUGAAUAUAAAGCAAAGCUUUUGUAAUCUGUUUCGUUGGAGAAGGUCCAGCGAUGGAGAUGGCGUGGAGAAGAUAGGUCGCGGGUCGCCUCCACCGGCCGUGAGGAGGGCUCUCCCACCGCUGCCGCAAUCGCCGCACCCGUCCAAUUCUAGGCGAUCAGCAAACGAAGAUGACACUGUCAUGGACUUCGCGACAUCCAUCCAGAAAGUUAAAGAUUAUGGAUGGUACUGGGGUCCGAUAUCUGUGGAAUCCGCGGAGAAGAUACUUUCGAACGAGCCUGAUGGUUCAUUCAUUGUUCGGGACAGCAGCGAUGACCAUUACAUCUUCACGCUGACGUUCAAGCUGAACGGUCUGCGUCAUGUUAGGAUAGAACAUGAUCAGGGUAAUUUUUCGUUUGGCGGAUGCACAAUGUUCAAAGCUCAAACAAUUGUGGAGUUUAUUGAGAAUGCUGUGGAGACAUCGAGGAGUGGGCGGUACUUGUUCUUUUUGAAUCUUCGACCUGUACUGGGACCCGUGAGGGUGCAAUUGCUGUAUCCCGUAUCCAGGUUCAAGAGGGUCCAGAGCUUACAGCAUAUGUGCAGGUUCGUGAUACUCAAACAAGUACGUCGUGACUUAGUGACCAGCCUGCCUCUACCGCGACGUCUCUUGGACUACCUCAACGCAACGCACUACUACUCUGAACUACUUGCUGAUCUAUAG